CAGAAAAUGGAUGGAUGGAUUUUAAAUCCGAAGCAUUGACGUCCCUGUCGAGCUUCUAUUUUGAAGGUGGCUUUCGCCGCGAGUUGGCGGCUUAUUACCGUAAUGCCGAGUAUGAACAAAAUUGGGUCAAACCGGUGGCCUGCCGUAAAGGAUCACGGGUAAUACAUCUCAUUUCCCUUCUCGCCAUGCGGCAGGUGGGACGAUCGUGCGUCAGCAAAUCUUCCCGAAUUUGGACCGAAUGUUGCGAAUCCUCGACGCUUGACGCCCCUGAUCGCGACUUUAGUGGACUUAAACAUCAUUCGUGCAAUCUUCGUGUCCGGUUGGAGUCGUCUCGUGCACGUUGAAGCUUCUCGGCCUAGUUUAGCUUAGCUUAGUUUAGUUUAGCUUAGUUUAUCUUAAUUUGCUAACAAAGAGACACGUUUGUGAUCAACACUUCGCUCAGCAGAGGUCAAGCGUGAGAGCGGAAAGUGUUGUGAUCGUCGUGUGAAAAUGUGUGCAAGGAGGACAGCGGAGUCCGAGGAGGAACUUUGGGGACCAAAAGAGGAGAAAGAGCCACAACGUCAACUACUGGACGCCGUGUUCAAUCUGCAACCUCAAAUUGUGCCACGCACAGCAGACAUCACUGAAGAUCUCCGUACUGAGCAGCAGGAGCCAGAGCCCCCUCACAUUAAAGAGGAAGUGAAGGGCGAAGAGGAGCCCAUUUCAAUUAAAACAGAGGAGGAAGAACUGCGUCCCCACAUCAGACAGGAAGAGGAGGAGGAUAUCACCAAAUUUCCAUCGACUGGUGUCCCUUUGAAGUGUGAAGAUGCAGGUCAAAGUGAGGAGAGCAGAGGGGCGGGGCCUCCAAGCAGCAGCUCAACUCAACACAUGACAACAGAAGGCUGUGGAGGUUCGCAAGCAGCCGGCCUCCUAGCUCCACUAUCAGAUAGUGAUGACAUGAUGUCUCACUCGACUCACACUGAUGAUGAUGGACAGUCUGAAGUUAUGACAUUUCAGCCUGGCAACAAACGAUGGAAAUGUUCUCAGUGUGGGAUAAGAUUUGCUGAUAAGAGUAGUUUGACAAAACACAUGAGAACACACACUGGUGAGAAACCUUUUUCGUGCUCAGUUUGUGGUCAAAGAUUCUCUGUGAACGCAAGCUUAAAAAUACACACAAGAACCCACACUGGUGAGAAACCUUUUUCCUGCUCAGUUUGUGGUCAAAGAUUCUCUCAGACGGGACACUUAAAAGUACACACAAGAACGCACACUGGUGAGAAACCAUUUUCCUGCUCAGUUUGUGGUCAAAGAUUCUCUGUGAAGGGAAGCUUAAAAAUACACACAAGAACGCACACUGGUGAGAAGCCUUUUUCCUGCUCAGUCUGUGGUCAAAGAUUCUCUGUGAAUGAACGCUUAAAAAGACACACAAGAACGCACACUGGUGAGAAACCUUUUUCCUGCUCAGUUUGUGGUCAAAGAUUCUCUCGGAAGGGAUACUUAAAAGUACACACAAGAACACACGCUGGUGAGAAACCUUUUUCCUGCUCAGUUUGUGGUCGAAGAUUCUCUGUGAAGGAAAGCUUAAAAAGACACACAAGAACGCACACUGGUGAGAAACCUUUUUCCUGCUCAGUCUGUGGUCAAAGAUUCUCUGUGAAGGGACACUUAAAUUUACACACAAGUACACACACUGGUGAGAAACCUUUUUCCUGCUCAGUUUGUGGUCAAAGAUUCUCCCGGAAAGGACACUUAAAAGUACACACAAGAACACACGCUGGUGAGAAACCUUUUUCCUGCUCGGUUUGUGGUCGAAGAUUCUCUGUGAAGGAAAGCUUAAAAAGACACACAAGAACGCACACUGGUGAGAAACCUUUUUCCUGCUCAGUUUGUGGUCAGAUAUUCUCUGUGAAGGAAAGCUUAAAAAGACACACAAGAACGCACACUGGUGAGAAACCUUUUUCCUGCUCAGUCUGUGGUCAAAGAUUCUCUGUGAAGGGACACUUAAAUUUACACACAAGUACACACACUGGUGAGAAACCUUUUUCCUGCUCAGUUUGUGGUCAAAGAUUCUCCCGGAAGGGACACUUAAAAGUACACACAAGAACACACGCUGGUGAGAAACCUUUUUCCUGCUCAGUUUGUGGUCGAAGAUUCUCUGUGAAGGCAAGCUUAAAAAGACACACGAGAACGCACACUGGUGAGAAACCUUUUUCCUGCUCAGUUUGUGGUCAAAGAUUCUCUCGGCAGGAAAUCUUAAAAAGACACACGAGAACGCACACUGGUGAGAAACCUUUUUCCUGCUCAGUUUGUGGCCAGAGAUUCUAUUAUAAGUAUCAGGCUAAGACACAUAAGUGUGCUGGUGAGAGUAGCAAUGCUCAAGAAGCUUUUAAUGAAAAUGUAAAUGUUAAAUCUAAUAGGUAAUUACUAUGUUACUGACUUACAAAAGUCUACAUUCUUUUAUUGUGUGUACCAGCUUUUAUUGUAUCUAUCGGCUUGUUGUCCAUAUAUUUUUUUAAAAGCCCUGCGAGUGGUAAACAUUAACAAAAUACUUUCAAGGGACUAGUUAAUGGUCUGAACAUAGACAAUUAUUCCAUAGUUAUGGACUCAUAAAUGAUGUCUGCAGGAAAAAAAAAGCCCUCCAAAAUACACUCGGUUGUCAUUUUAGAAUAAUAUACUGUUGAAAACUUGAUUGUCAGCCAGAUUUUGGCCCGCUUACAUUUUGGACAUGUCAGCCUGUCACAUCCUGCCACAUAACGAGCAGGAGCCAAUGACAUUUCCUCGUUGAACUUCUAUGUUUUCCGGGCUGUAUUUUUUUUUCCCAUAUUGAAAGCCUGGGUGCAUUUCUUUUUCUUUUAUUUUUUUUAGAUAAUUUUGAGUGAAAAUAGUGAUCGUGGAAUAUGUUUGGUAAGCUUGUUGUUUAAAAAAUCGACAGUGAAAUGCCUCCGUGAGAAAAGAAGAUGAAGUAAUUCUUUGCAGAUUCAUUUCCUCAUGCGCCAGUUCAAUUUUGAAUUGAUUGCACCACAAAUGUAGAGUAUAUGUGUGCAUGUAUGUAUAGAUCACAAAGACGUUUCUGUAGGUGGCAUUGUGUGACAGACGUGGACUUUGGCUGGCUGUCAUAACAUCGGAUCACCCAUGACGAGGGUCUCCCGGCCGAACGCGUUAUGUCGCUUAAUGUCCCGAAACUGCAGCUGAUCUGAUUUGAUCUUAUCUGAUCCAUAUAAUCUAAAAUAUUGGGCUGAUUGUUGAAAUAAUUUCAGAGGUUGAAGCUGAUAUGCGUAGAGAUGUCUGCAUACAUUUUGAUGAUUAUUGUUGACAGUUUUGGAACAUAAAGCCGCUUUUAUUGGAUUCGUGCAUAAGGCCUGUGUGGCACUCGCCCAUCAUUUUAAUCAUGACACCCUAGUUGCGAUUUUGCAGCACAUUAAAUUAGUGAUUGCCAGUUCCAUUUUCUUGAGCAUGCAUGCAUUUUAUCCAAUGUUUUAGUGAUGUCAAUAUCAAAUAAGUGAAUGAUUGAUUGAAAUAAGACUGUAAAGAAACUUUCACUCUUGGUGGUAAACUGUU